UCCCGGCGGGCCGCGCGUGCGGCCGCGUUUGAAUGGCCCUGAGUGGGCUCGGCAGGGGAUCCGAGGGAUAGUCUGGGCGGCCGGGGCGCAGUCGGUCAGCGCCUGGGCUAGGCGGAGGCGCCGCGGUACCAUGAGGCGCCGGUAUUCAAGAGAUUAUGGCAUCUGAAACCCACAAUGUUAAAAAACGCAGCUUUUGUAAUAAUAUUGAAGAUCAUUUCAUUGAUGUUCCUAGAAAAAGGAUCUCUAAUUUCACUAAUAAGAACAUGAAGGAGGUUAAGAAAUCUCCAAAACAGUUGGCUGCUUACAUAACUAGAACAGUUGGACAAGCUGUGAAAAGCCCAGAUAAACUACGUAAGGUGAUCUAUCACAGAAAGAAAGUUCAUCAUCCUUUUCAAAAUCCUUGCCACAGAAAAAAGCAGUCCCCCAGCAGCGGGGGCUGUGACAUGGCAAAUAAAGAGAACGAGCUGGCUUGUGCAGGCCGCCUCCCUGAGCAAGUGCGGCAGGGUAGUCGACCGUAUCUGGUUAGCCCCAGUGAUUCUGGUUCUUCACAGACAGAAAGCCCAUCCUCAAAAUAUAGUGGGUUUUUUUCUGAGGUUUCUCAGGACCAUGAAACAAUGACACAGGUUUUGUUCAGCAGGAAUUUGAGAUUGAAUGUAGCUUUAACUUUCUGGAGAAAGAGAAGUAUAAGUGAACUUGUAGCUUAUUUGGUGAGGAUAGAAGACCUUGGAGUUGUGGUGGAUUGCCUUCCUGUGCUCACCAAUAGUUUACAGGAGGAAAAACAAUACAUCUCACUUGGCUGCUGUGUAGACUUGUUGCCUCUAGUAAAGUCACUACUUAAAAGCAAAUUUGAAGAAUAUAUAAUAGUUGGUUUAAACUGGCUUCAAGCAGUCAUAAAAAGGUGGUGGUCAGAACUAUCAUCCAAAACAGAAAUUAUAAAUGAUGGAAAUAUUCAGAUUUUAAAACAACAAUUAAGUGGAUUGUGGGAACAGGAAAACCAUCUUACUUUGGUUCCAGGAUAUACUGGUAAUAUAGCCAAGGAUGUAGAUGCUUAUUUAUUACAGUUGCAUUGAGAGACUUCAUCUACUAAAUAGCAUUUGGUUAUUCAAAACAUCCCUGGACUAUAUGAUUUCCCAAAAAAAUGUCUCAACUGAGAACUGUGAACUGUGGAAGAAAUCAAAACCAUUUUUUCCUUUAAAAAGCCACAUAAUGAAACCACUAAUGAAACGCCUAAGGAUCUACUUCACAUUGAAGUGGAAAAAUAUCCAAAAGGAGCAGCUUCAACUUCAAUGAGGUGAAAGUGCACUAUGAAGAUUGUUCACCUUUGCUGCAGUUUGGGAUUUAUAUGGUUAUUUGGUAACAUUGUUUAAGAACUACUGGGUCUUAAUGUAAUCCUGCAUAAGAAUAUAAUUUAUACUAUGUGAAAAAUAGGACAGGACUUAUUACUAGGAACUAUAAAGACCAAUCAUCAUUACUUUUUUUAAGAUUGUGUUUUAUAAGAAAACACUUAAAUGUGUGCAGCUACUAUUUUCUUAUGUUGGAAAGACUUUGAAAGUUUAAACCAUCAUAGCAAAUAAUCAAUACUAAAAGUUUUUUGUUCACACUGAGAUACUGUGUAUGCAGAAUGCCUUAAUUAUUAAUAAGCCAAUGUGUAUGAUACCAAUAUCUGUUUAAGAAAAUUAAAACCAACCAUGCUUCUGGCAUGAUAAAAUCAUGGAAUUAAAUCAGGGGUUUCCAUUCAUGUAGAAUGUUGUUGUUAAAACUUAUUCCACACCAUUCUUAAAACUUGAGAAUAUUUUUAGUAUCUCUGAUUUUUUUUUUUUGCCAGAAUCAUGUCAUGUGUGUACGUGUUAUUCCCAUACAUAAGAAAAAGGUGAAUAUGUAUUUGUAUGAAUGCUUAACUGGAAAUGUCCAUGGAGUUGGCUAAUUUAUAUUCACUUUUUAUUGUAUAUAGAUUUCUAAUAUUUUCAGUUCUGUAUCAUUUAAGUUUUCUUCAUCUGAGUAAAUUCACUAA